AUGGCCUCAUCGCUGCUCAAAGCGAGCAGCUCGAAAUUUCCUCUUCGCGUCGCGCAGAGCUCUGUUCGGUACGCCAAGGCAGGUGGCCGAGAGGCUAACGCCGAUCCCCUCAAGGAAUCCAUCCGUCGCGCACUCUACCCCCCAAACAUUCGCAGCAAACCCACCCCCACGGGCACCUGGCGUCCCGACGUCGGACGCGCUCUCCAGAUCGCAAUACCCUCCAAACAAGCACACGAGACCAUUGAACGUGCUUGGGCACUCCAUAAACGGCACCUGCGCCAGAAGAGAAACGCGGAGAUGCAGAGGAAGUACGAGCAUAUGAAGAGGGCGAUGGACGAGUUGGAGAAGAUUGAUCCGCAUCUGUUUCAGCAGGCGAAUAAGCAUGUGGAUCCGAGGGUGCGGACGCAGGAGGAAAUGGAGGCGUUGAGGAGUGCGAAAGGGAGGGAUAAGAUGGCGUUGGAGGCGAGGCCACCGGGGUUGUUCCCAAGGGAGUUGAGGGUGCCGUCUGAUACGCCUUCGAGGGACGGCUGGAACUAUGAGUUUGUGCCGAAUGUGAUGAAGCGACGCUCAUGUGCGUAUCUUUCCUCUGUCACUGUUUGUUGUGAUGUGUAA